AUGUCUACGGUUUUGAAUAUUUUAAUGACUCAUCACUUUUUCGCUUUACUAAAUGUAAAUGCUCAUUUAGCUGUUGUUAAUGAGGAGCUUAGAAGAAUAUUAAACACGUCUUCAGUUUUAUUUAAACUACAACGUUUAAAGAAAAUCAAACCGGGUGCUCUGAUAACAACAUGUUGCAAUUUAACCGAUGAAUUGGAUGAUUUGGCAUUUUAUCAUUAUAAAUUUAAACUUAUAGGAGAACGAGUUCAACGUUUGUAUGAUUUACAGGGUGCUUGUGUAAUGUUGACUUUAUAUAUGAAUAAUAUUAAUGUGCUCUAUAUGGGCUAUAUGAUAGUACAACAUGAGGAAUUGUCACAGGAGUUGGGUGUCUAUUGGACUUCCAUAAUUGUAGGAAUAGUGUUAUAUUUCUUCUAUAAAGAUUUACAUUUGUUUAUCAUAAACAUGUUAAAUUUUGGCGACAAUGUGCAGAGAACAGCUGAUUUGUUGAGAAAUCGUCAACCCUGGUUGCCAACAUUGGAUGAGAGAUUUGAAAAGAGUUUAAAAGACUUUUCCAUACAAUUGGCUUUAUUUCCAUUGGAAAUGAAAUUGUUGGGUUUAUUUCAAUUUAAUCGUUCCAUGUCAUUUGCCACCUUUGGCUCCACCAUAUCAAAUGCUAUUGUUUUAAUGCAAUACGAUUAUAAAUAUAGUAAGAAUUAA